AGAUCGAUGUGUCAUUAGCAACUGUCCGACCACAUCUCACAUUCAGUCUACAGAGAAUGUGGUUGCCACAACAGAAGCUGUUACUAUAAUUUCAAAGACAGUCGAUUUUUUUUUCAGACGAGAAAUCAACAACCAAAUUUAUACUAGGUGUUAAAGAUCGGGGUAAUUAUUUGUCUUAUUGUGUACUUGGUAAUUGGUAAAUAUAAAUUAUUCAGUGUUGUUACACGCAGAUUCUGCAACAUUCAAGCCAAAUGUCUUUGGUUUGUUUAUAUGAAAAAAAUAUAUGAUAUAUAAUUGUGAACUAUUUUUAAUUAUUGUAAUCUUUAUUUAUAUGACUUUAAACAUGAGAAGAUGCCCUUCCCGGAGCUGUAGUUGGUGCAUUAUUAGGGGGAGUGUUGUUUGGAGCAGCUGUCACGGCCAUGGUUUUUAUCCAUCUCCGUAGAAGAAAACAGGAAAACUCUGUGUAAUACCAAUUUAAACUUAUUUAAGAUUCACAACAACGAUUGAAUAUAUACAUGUUUAAGAAUUUAAAAGUUCCAUUUAAUAUUCGCUCUUCCAGUGAGGACCAGAGUUCAGUUGUGCAGAAUCCGGCAUACGAAGCUAGAAGCAUACCCAGAAAAAGCAUGGUUUACUAUGAAAUAAAAGAUUUGCCGCAAAAUUUCACAAAGCCACCAUACGGUCCUCUAAGCGAAAAGAAGCUAAUAUCCUCUGAAAUUAGAUCCAAAGAGUGUAAUGUGUAUGACCACCUGCAUGACACAAAUACACCAGAGGGAGGUAACUCAUACAGUCACACAACACCUGUACCUUUUGUUAUAUCAACCUGUCAGGAAAACAGAACAGGGUCUUCAGGAAUCAUUUUAAAUGAUUUCGAUAAGAGAGAAGAUGAUCCGACCUGUAGUGACCCCUCAGAGGAGAUAUCUAAGGGAAAAGAGGACAGUGUCGUUUAUUUUGUGCUUGAGAAAGAAGUGCAAUGAAGAAAGAAAACAAUCAUCGUGUACUUAUGUAAUUUUGACAGAGCAUAGUGUAAAGACUCUAUGUAACAAGAAACCUAUUUUCUUUUAUUAACUAGUUUACCAGAUUUACUUUCUUCUACAUCUUCAAAGAACAAAUGAAAA